AGCUUCCGGCUGGGGCGUGCGGCGGCGGUGCGGGCUUUGUGGCUGCCCGGGGUUGCGCGCCUGGAUGCGGCUCGGCUUGGUUCCGCGCUGUCCUCUCGGCGCCGGGCUCCGGACUCUCCCGUAGGAGCUGGUGUCCAGAAGGGGAUCCUGAAGCCUGAAUUUCCAGGGAUGAAAACUCACAUACGAUGAUGUCAGACAAACUCACAGUGCUGGAGCCCUCUGUCUCGGAGUCCAGGGAAUUUCAUGAAGACAGAUUGGCGCAGCUGUUGGAAAACCCGGAAACACAGAGCCUGGAGAGCCCCUCCUGUCAGGACGGGGGCUUCACUCAGAUGACAGUGGCCCACUGGAAAAUUCAAACAGGAGACACAGCCCCAGUGUGUAGUAAGUCAGGAAGAAAUCCCAUUCUCGACUCCAACCUUCUUAUCCUUCAGAGAGAGCUGAUAGAAGGGGAGACCCGUUCCUGUGGCGUUGGCGGCAAAAAUUUCCCAUUUAAUUCAGAUGUAGAUCCACAUCAGGUUUCUCACUCAGGGGAGAAGUCGUAUAAAUGUGAUCACUGUGGGAAAGGCUUCAGUCAAACCUCCCUCCUCACUGAACACCAAAGAGUCCACACCAGGGACAGACUCUGUGUGUGCAACGUGUGUGGGAAAGACUUCAUUCACUAUGCAAACCUAAUGGAGCAUCAGCUUGUACACACAGGAGAAAAGCCGUUCAAGUGUGCACAGUGUGGAAAAGCAUUUUGUCACAGUUCGGACCUGCUUCGGCACCAGAGGGUUCAUACCAGAGAGAGGCCUUUUGAAUGCAAAGAGUGUGGGAAAGGCUUCAGUCAGAGCUCCUUACUCAUUCGCCAUCAAAGAAUUCACACAGGAGAAAGACCCUAUGAGUGUAAUGAGUGUGGAAAAUCCUUCAUUCGGAGCUCAAGCCUUAUCCGCCAUUACCAGAUCCACACGGAAGUUAAACAGUACGAGUGCAGAGACUGCGGCAAGGCCUUCCGACACCGCUCAGACCUCAUCGAGCACCAGAGAAUUCACACUGGAGAGAGACCCUUUGAGUGUCACGAGUGUGGGAAGGCCUUUAUUCGAAGCUCAAAGCUCAUUCAGCAUCAGAGAAUUCAUACUGGAGAAAGGCCUUAUGUAUGCAAUGAGUGCGGAAAGCGUUUCAGUCAGACAUCUAACUUCACUCAGCACCAGAGGAUUCACACUGGGGAAAAACUCUACGAGUGUAAUGAAUGUGGGAAGGCAUUCUUCCUGAGCUCAUACCUUAUACGACACCAGAAAAUCCACACUGGCGAGCGGGUGUAUGAGUGUAAAGAGUGUGGGAAGGCUUUUCUGCAGAAGGCCCACCUCACUGAGCAUCAGAAGAUCCACACUGGAGACCGACCCUUUGAGUGCAAAGACUGUGGGAAAGCCUUCAUCCAGAGUUCGAAGCUACUGCUGCAUCAGAUCGUUCACACUGGAGAGAAGCCCUAUGUGUGCAGCUACUGCGGGAAAGGCUUCAUUCAGAGAUCCAACUUCCUUCAGCACCAGAAGAUGCACACCGAAGAGAAGCUCUACAAGUACAGUGAGCAUGGGAAAGAUCUCGCCCCACCCCCAGAUCUUGUUCCCCAAGAGGAUCUUUCGCUGAGCGAGACCUCCGUUCAUUUAGGAGAGACAGCUACAGAUCAGGAGCGUUGCGGAGAGAAUUUCUAACACGGUCACUCUGAGUCAGGCGGUGCUUGUAAACAGGCAUACUUAGUACACAUGUGGCCUGGAAGAUGUGGGUUGUCACAGUUUUUCAAGUCCUAGAUGGGCUGGUUUUGGUCUGUUAUCUGAAGGACCGGACAGCUGACUUUGAGCUGUACACUGAGGGAGAGCCUCUGGAGAAUAUUCUAGAUUUUACUUGAAGUUAGAACACACCCUCAAGUUAAAUCCUUUCAGAGAAGAGCUAUUGGGGCUGGGGAUUUAGCUCAGUGGUAGAGCGCUUACCUAGGAAGAGCAAGGCCCUGGGUUCGGUCCCCAGCUCCGAAAAAAAAAAAAAAAAAAAAAAGAAGAGCUAUCUAUAUCUUUACUUGAGAUGUGGCUCCCGAUCUGAAAGGUUAGAGAAAGGGCCCUUCCUCAUGCAAAACUACAAGUUGAUUCCCUGUUGUCUGGGAUUCAGCUUCAAGCCAGGGGUUUAGUCUCUGGCCCUCGCUUCCUCCACGGACUCCUGGUAAUGCAGUUGAUGUGUAUUGCCUCCCACAUCCGCCAGGCUGCUCGAACUCCUGUCCUGGUGUGUCUCCCAGUCGCUCCUGAUUAUGUGGGGCCUCUCUUAGGCAUUGUGGCCAAAAGUGCUUCCCUAGUACUGAGGUGGGGUUUGUGUCUUGUGCUUCUGUGGCUCAGCGUUGACUGCUGCUGUACUUGCUGUUAAAUACUACAGUUGUGAAUUUUCUCUUUCCCAUUAUGCUGUUUCCUGAGGAUAGUAAUGACAUGUCAUUGAUUCCUGUGUCCCUAGUGUCUCCCACAUGACAAUAAACAAAGCAGGAAACGCAA